GUAAAAUGGCAGCCACCACUGCUAAACAUUAUUUUUCCAAACAGUGUACAUUUUGCUUAACUUCACACUUAUUUCACCAUAAUUCUAAAAGAGUUUUACUAGCGAAAAGAUUUAAAUCUAUUUCUACGAAAGAAACUGCAUCGCCUAUUCAGAGGAAAGAGUCAACAGCCUGGAAAGGAGUGAUCGGUCUUGAAAUACAUGCCCAAAUUGCUUCAGCAUCAAAGCUUUUUUCUGGAGCUGGAACUCACUAUGGAGCUAAUACUAACUCUCAGGUUGCAUUUUUUGAUGCGGCAUUGCCAGGAACGUUGCCAGUGUUAAACAAAAAAUGUGUUGAGGCUGGUGUGGUAACGGCAUUGGCUUUGGGCUGUGAUAUAAACCUCAUUUCCAAGUUUGACAGGAAACACUACUUUUAUGCUGAUAUGCCAGCAGGUUAUCAGAUUACCCAAUAUAGAAAACCAUUUGCUGUUAAUGGACAAGUUACCUAUGUCUUCCAAUGUUCCAAAACAAGUUCUGUUGAAAGAAGAUCUGCUAAACUUGUACAGAUCCAGCUGGAGCAAGACAGUGGUAAAAGUUUACACGAUCCUCAGGGUGGACUCAGCUUAAUUGAUUUAAACAGAGCAGGUAUUGGUCUCAUGGAAAUUGUGACAGCACCAGACUUUGUAAAUGGAGAUGAUGCAUCAAGCUUUGUAAGAGACUUGAGAGACAUACUUGUAACUGUUGGUUCCUGUGAUGGCAAAAUGGCAGAGGGGUCUCUAAGGGUGGACGCCAAUAUAUCUGUACACAAACCUGGUGAGCCACUUGGAACAAGAACAGAAGUCAAGAAUUUAAAUUCACUCAAGAGCAUAAGAUUAGCUAUAGAUUAUGAAGUACGUCGGCAAAUACAAAUUCUUGAAUCAGGAGGGGUAAUUGAAAAUGAAACUCGAUCUUUUGAUGUAGAAGAUAAUGAAACAGUUCCAAUGAGAGAGAAAGAAAAGAUACUAGACUAUCGUUUUAUGCCAGAGCCUAAUCUCCCACCAUUAGUUAUUCACAAAGACUGGUCAACAACAGUAGCAACAAGGAAUGCUGUGGUGCUUGAAGAUAUCAGGUCAAGGGUGAAAGAUUUACCAGAUGAUAAACGCCGAUGUUUGGAAGAGCAAUAUCAAAUCACAUUGAGGAAUGCAGUUAUCAUAGUUAGAGCUAACUUGUUUGACCUGUUUGAAAGACUGGUUAACAAACAUGGCUGUGAUCCUAAAGUGACCUCAUCUGUACUCAGGAAUGUAUAUUCAGUUUUUCUCAACAAACUUGGGGUUGAAGCUACAAGCAGCCCCAUUACAGAUAACAUCCUUUCAGAAGUUAUAGAGUUAUGUCAGAAUAGGAAAAUAAGUGAGGCUUCUGUCACUGAGAUUCUUGAUGAGAUAGUUAAAAAUCCAGAUGCAUCUUGUUCAGAUAUUAUAAAUAAGAAAGAUCUGUGGAUGAUUACCGAUGAAACUGUCAUAAAUGCAGUAAUUGAUGAAGUUUGUGGAAAAAAUCCGUCUGCUAUAAAAGGUUAUAAAAAAGGAAAGACCAAUCAACUAGAAAUUCUAUCAGAAAAAGUAAAAAAAAAACUGAAAAAAAAAGUGUCAACAGCAAUUGUAUAUAGACUUUUGAAAAUGAAACUUGACGACAAAUAAAUUAUUUUAAAAAUAUAAGCGAAAGAGCAUUUUAGUUUUCAAAAAGGAAUUUGGUUGAUGAUUUAUGUACCAGUAUAAUAAGCUUCUAAUAAAAACUAAUUGUAAUGAACACAAACUUCCAGUUUCUUGCCUCUGUUCUACCUUUACAACAGAAUUUAUUUUUUUGUGAUGGAAAAGUCAUUGGUAAAAAAUGUUUAUAUUUUUGUUAUAUUUGCAUGAUUCUGCACAUGCAUGUAUAAAUACUAAUUUGAUAAAAAGUGUUACAAUACCAAGUUAAAAUGAACUACUGAUUAUAUCGCUUAACUUAUAAAGGAUAAUGUGACUGACUU